CGAAACACAUGCUCCUGUGAUUCGAAGCAACUCGGCACAUGGGUUUACUGUCGUGAUAAGCGUGAGUUUUACCAAAUAUCAAUAGUGCGGAGUUGAGAAGAGAGUGAAGGAAGACAAAGUAGCAGUCCAAAUCAUAGACAUUUCCGGAAAUUUUUUGAAAAAGACUCGUAGGUAAUAUGAAUGACUUUCUCAUGAGGUGUCGUGUUUAGUGACUCAAGUGUCGUAGUGAAUCUUCAAAGUGAUUUUCAACUUCAACAAGGUGGGCGAGAAAAUGGUCCUGGAAUCGGGGGUUCUACCCCCUCCUCUUCAUCUUUAUGCUGCGGCAGCGGCGGCUCAGCUUGCUCCCCGGCCGCCUUGGGCACCUUUAUUGCAAUUUCCUACCGCCGCUCAAUUGUUGGGAAUGCAUGGUGCUUUUUCUCCUUUGAACAGGCCACGGUAUCCCCACGGAAUUGGUCCUGGAAUGCGAGCUCCUCCGGGACCCCCUUCAGAAGACAGCGGCAGCGAAACGCAUGGUAAAGGUGGAGCUGGUAGCAGUGGAGAGGCUGAUUGUGAGAGUGCAGCAUCAAAAAGAAGGCGGAGUAGGACAAACUUCAACAGUUGGCAACUAGAGGAAUUAGAGAGGGCGUUCGUAGCAAGUCACUACCCUGAUGUUUUUAUGAGAGAAGCGCUGGCUAUGAGAUUGGACCUCAAAGAAAGUAGGGUGGCUGUAUGGUUUCAGAACCGGCGCGCCAAAUGGCGCAAGAAGGAGCACACGAAAAAAGGCCCAGGCCGACCCGCUCACAACGCUCACCCGCAAUCCUGCUCCGGAGAACCGAUCCCUCCCGCCGAGCUCCGAGCCAGAGAUCGAGCGCGCCGCAGGAAAAAGCUGCAGAAAGCUCUGGAGCGGCAAGCGAGAAAACUACGAGCCAAAGGCAUAGCCGUGGACUUGGUCGCCCUGAAGAGGGAGUAUCUCAGCCAGAGAGGGACUGACGCCUUGGACAGUGAUAGUGAUAUAGACGUCGUGGGUGAUUCAGGGGCGGAGUCGGAGAAUUUCAACAGCAGCGAGCACGGCAUGUAUUCGUCUUCAAUGUCGGACGCAGGGGUUGAUUUGUCGACGGGCACCCACGACGAGAAGAUGAGGAGGGCGAAUCCCUUCAGUAUAGAUUCCUUACUGAACAAUACUUGAAAUAGCCGGAACGGCUCGAACUGAAUUGUGCAAUAAUAAUCAUGUCGGUUUUGUUUGAAUGUAGAUGAGUAGUUAUUGGUUGUUGUUGCGUUGAUUUUGUGGCAAUUGAAGAUAUUGACGAAUAUUUGGUUGCACUAUUUUGAAUACAUUCUUUAAACUAGACGGCUGAUUUUGUUAACGUUCUAUUUUAGCUGGUAACUCCAAUUUUGACCACAUUAAAUCAGAACAUGUGACCAAAAAUUUCAAAUAAUAGGAAAUCAACAUUCAACGUGUCACUUCCUUGCUGGUAGCAGCUACCUGUCAAAUCUUUUCGAAGUUUUUAACGUGGUUUCUGUUGACGUUGAUUUUCCUUGCUCGAAUAGCCCGUCGAGGGAAAUAUGUCCAGUGUUCCACAGGUAGAAAAGUUACGUUCUACUGUUCAGUAUAAUAAAUAAUAGUUCAGCAAUUCAAUUAUUGAAUGUAAAAGGCGACGAUACUAUAUAAUUUUGUCAGACAGCACCACCAAAUUUUGAUUAAGGUUUUACUCACCCUGUUGUUCAAAGUUGACUCUGUACCCCUUCUCAAGUGUUGAAAAUAUUUAUUGGGAGUGAGCAAAUAUUGCUCGACUCAUUUGCUAGUGAAAAUAUCAAUUUUUCUUACUGUCACUUCGUUUAACGAAUUAUUAUUCAUUCACUUUUGUUCACUGUAUUCUAACAUACUUGUUUCUACUAAAGAAAGAGCAGAAGUCGUUGCAGCCAUCUAUGAAAAUAACGAACUUUCUGAAUCUGCUGCCAAAAACUUCUAGAAACCAAAACCUGAGCCAUCAGGAUGAUAAAUAUUUGAUUGAUAAAUGAGAAAUUUCCCGUUAUGGUCACAAUAGAUGUAUUCUAUUCUGUCAAAAAUGAAGUAGUUGAGGUUGCAGUUUUAGGCCAAUGACCAAGGGGUAAUCGAUAAUAUAUCAGACAUAUAGCUAGAGUAUCUAGUGUAUCAGAUACUACAUACUAGUGUCUUUCGAAUUUUGAUAGCACACAAAUUUCAAUUUUCAAAAUAAGACUAGCUUAUGUUGAAUGGUGAAAUUAAUAGAGACAAUACUUGUCGUUACUUAAGUGAGGUGAAUCCUCAUUUGAUAUCUGAAAACACAUUCCCAAACUCCAAAAUUGCAUGAUAGGGCCGAAAUAUUUGGAAAUGAACUUUUUGAUACAUACAAUUCAAUUUUUCCACGGAUGCUAUAUAAUGUGCUACUUCUCUCAUCGCUUUCAUACGUUCAAAACGAAAGAUUUCUCACGCAGUGAGAAAUAU